CCGAUUUCUCUCAACAUGGCAACACACGAGCUUGUUAUUUUAUAGCUCCACUGAAGGCCAGUCCAGAUGACAUUUAUGUCCAGACUGUCCCGGUCACGGAGUAAUUCCAGAUCUCCCAGCAGAAAGGACUCAGAGAAAGGCUCUCCUGUACUAACUGUUGCUGAACUUGAGCGUCUGUUGUACACUGGGAAAACCGCCUGUAAUCAUGCAGAUGAAGUGUGGCCACGACUCUACAUAGGUGACCAAGAAAUUGCCUCAAACCGCAAAGAACUCGUCAAGCUCGGGAUCACGCACAUCCUCAACUGUGCUCAGAGCAAAUGGAGAGGCGGCGCGGAGUAUUACGCUGGCAUGAACAUCACGUAUCACGGCAUUGAAGCCCACGACUCGCCCUCUUUCGACAUGAGUGUCAACUUCUACCCAGCAGCCGAGUUCAUUCACAGAGCCCUUUGUACCGGAGGAACGGUUCUUGUGCAUUGUGCCGUCGGGCUGAGCAGAUCUGCUACGUUGGUUCUCGCCUACCUCAUGAUUCGGCAGAACAUGACUUUAGUAGAGGCCAUCAAGACCGUGAAGGACCACCGUGGCGUCACGCCAAACCGCGGUUUCCUACGGCAGCUCAGCGGUCUGGACAGCGUACUGCGCGCCAGCCGCAAUGCAACAUAAAGCCAAUGGUAGCAUCUGAAUUUAGUUUAUUCCAGCUGUCCUCCUGCGGUCAGUAGAAAUGCCUUAUUACAUCAGGACCUCUAGUAAUGUGUGUAAUGCCUUAUUCACUCUUAAAUGUUCACAUCUGUUCAUGUGACCACCCACUGAAAUGUUGCUGUAGCUUGCUCUGAGUUAAUCGCCGCAGAGAAUGACGCAAGUGUUUUCGUUAAAAGGGGCCAUUCACACAAAACACGUUUUUGUGUUUAAAAUGCAAGUUUAAUUAGAACAACACAAGGUGUAGACAAGUUUAGAACAGUUUGUCAUGUGCAAGACACUGCAAAGAAGCGAAGGCAUUGGUCCAAGAUGUCUGUCUUGUGCAUUUUUACAGAGAAAAAUAAAGGCAAAUGAGCACAGUGGAAUGCA